AUGGACUCUAACAUUGAGGAAAACUCAAUCAAACCUGUUAACAAGCUGCGUGAGCGUUUUGAAGCUUUGGCAGCUUCUUCGACGACCAAGGCUGGGGGCUCGCAUUCGAAUGACCAUGAAGAGGGAUUACCCACUGGAGGCGACACAAUGCCCAACGCGUCGCCUCGGCGCAAUGGACUCGCUAAUCUACGGCCCUCGUCAAUCGUAUCGUCUCCGGGACGUAAUUCGUCGGUCAUGUUGAAGAAAGAUACCGAAAGUGACGCUUCCAAUGACAUUGACGAAGCACCUACUCCCACUCAGAUCCGUGCUUCACCCCCUCCCAUCAGCAGGAAACCAGGUCUCAAGCCCCCUCCCCCACCACCUCCAGAGCGUACCUCUACACUAAAGUCCAAAUCUAGCACAGACAGCGUCGUCUCGUCCAAAGGACUAACUCCCAUAGGUGUUCACCGCAAACCCCCGCCCCCUCCACCUUUGCAUAUGCUACCAGCACUCCCUCUUUCAGAUCCUUGGAUACUUCUCCCAUUAGUACACCCGGUGUUUUGUUACCGCUUGACAGUCAAAUUCGACGAUCACCAUCUCCCAUACCUCGAGAGGGUACCCCCUCGCUGGCUCCCACGUCUACUAAUGGUCAAACUCCUCCUAUUUUACCGAUUCGCAUCAAUAUCCCGGAUACGUCUCAAGUUGAACCUUUUCACAACGAUUCUGAGGCCCUCCAAGAGCACAGGUUUUGUUCACACCUUCUACACCUGGAUCCCCGGCGCCGCCUCUUCCUUCCCGACCAGCCCAGAUAGUAUGUCCUCGAGUAACACAACGGUACAUCACACACUACCCAGGCGAACGGAUACACUCAACCAACAGGCCGAGGUUGAUGAAUUUGGUUUGGGACUGCGUUCGCCCCCUCCCAGGCACCACUCAUUAAAUAGUGGUCGGUCUGCAUCUGUUCCAAUGGGGAGACCUGCUCCUCCUCCGCCCCCGCCACCCCGCCCAUCGUCAGUUCUCUCCCCUGCAUCGGCUAUCAGUCCCCAACGGGAAUUACGAACUCGCUUGUCUGAAGUCAUUCCGAUUGUGCCCAGUCCUGUUUCUACCGCAUCUACUGCGCCCCCUCCUCCAAUGGCUACUCGGCCAACAUCGUCAACAUGGGGUCGUUUAGCUGGGCUAAAGGCUUGGGCCACAAGCGAAAUUCACGAUCAUGGGUCCUUCAAACCCCCACCACCACCAACGCGGACCAUAGCACCGGGAGACAAGCUCCCCCCUCCCCGGCGUGUAUCCGGCGAUGAUUCUUCAGACUCUGAGGACGAUGUAACUACGGGACCACUAUCCUCCAACCCUGCCGCUCGAAAGCUUCAAGACGACAUGCCCGACUCUUCUCAAUCUCGCAGGUGCCCACCCAUAUACCGAUCAUUUACGCCGGUUCACGUUCCCUCUCACGGAGCCGUCGUUGCAGCUGCCGGUUACCGUAUCUGUAUUGCUCAUACUUCUAUUGAGAUAUACGACGCUCAGAGGAUGCCAUCUCCCCAAUUUAUCAUCGACCUAGAGUAUAUUGGAUUGAGUGGCGAUCAAAAGAACCACGGAUCACCGCUAUGGAAUUCCGCCCUGGCGAAACUCGCGAAGAAGAUGGUCGAUACAUUUGGUGCGGUGGAAAGGAUGGUCCAUCUUUUUGAGUUGGAUGCUUGGUCCGGACAUGUCACGGAUGUACUCAUCCCUUCUGGUGGACACAGCCAGGCGGUGAUACACGUUCUGCGCUACGGAAAUUCUAUGCUUACGAUGGACGAAUCUGGAAAAAUCAUUGUAUUUGAACCGUCAGAAGAUCGCUUGGCCCCAGCACUAUCUAGAUUUACUCGUUCCCACCGGGCUGCUGAAAAGCAAACAUUCGCCAAGAUUCUUGGUGGUCAUUUGUGGACUUCUGGAGCCAAUAGUGGCGGGAACACCACUUCAACGCGUGGUACUCCUUUCCGCACAUAUGACCUUUUGGCCACAAACUUCACGACCAAACACUUGUUCCCUAGCGAACCUGUUGGCCCAGCGCUAUGCGGUGCCAUUAUCCCGGAAUCGCCGGAUCGUGUUUAUAUUGGCCAUGAAGGUGGAUGUAUAUCAAUAUGGAAGUACGACAUCUUGACCAGCCAACACACCUGUGUCCAAGUGGUGAAACUGUCCGCAUCUAGUGUCAUUACCAUGGAAGGCGUAGGGUCGCGUUUAUGGCUGGGUACUAGAUCUGGAACUAUCACGGUCUGUGAGGUCCGGGAGGAUUCGCCAUGGAUGGUCACGAACCAAUGGCAAGCACAUGGCGAUUCGCCGGUUGCGCAUAUAGCAGUCGAUCCGUAUUCUAUCUCCAAGGUUGGAAAGUUAGUUGUAUAUUCCGUAGGGCGCGACGACCGAAUGCUCUUCUGGGAUGGAUUGGUUGGGGACAACUGGAUUGAUGAUGAAAUGCAAAAACGAGAGGAGGAAUACAGCACCUAUCGAGAUGUAAAAGUGCUUAUAUGCACAUGGAAUAUUGACUCAGCAAAACCGGACCUUUUGACAGGGAAUAGAGACAAUACUUCAUUCCUCGACAAUGUCUUAGGGUCGGUGGAUAGACCUGACAUUAUUGUGUUUGGCUUCCAAGAGGUGAUUGACCUGGAGAACAAGAAACUCACAGCCAAGACAGUACUUCUGGGGAGUCAGAAGUCUAAAACAGAGAAAAUUUCCGAAAAGGUUUCACGCUCAUAUAAACUAUGGUAUGAUCGACUAGUCCUGGCAGUCAGGCUAGCGAUGCCACCCGACGAUCCUUAUACCGUCAUUCACUCCGAAAACCUUGUCGGACUGUUCACGUGCAUAUUUGUGCGCAACUCAGAACGUAUAUCCUUGACAGACACUGCAAUUACUACGAUCAAACGAGGUAUGAAAGGCCGUUAUGGCAAUAAGGGUGCUAUUAUUGCGCGGUUCACACUCGAUGAUACGUCUUUCUGCUUCUUGAACUGUCAUCUUGCUGCGGGUCAAAAACACGUCCGAGAAAGGAACCAGGAUCUCGCUGCCAUGUUUGAAGAGAAAACUGUGUUCCCGUACGCUUCACCGAACGUAUCCGCCACCGCUUAUGUUGGUGGAGGUGAUGGGACGAUGGUGCUAGACCAUGAAGUCGUUUUCCUGAACGGUGACUUGAACUACCGAAUUGACCAACGACGGGAGCUUGUCAUUCAAAGCAUCCAUGCGGGGGAUAUUAAUUCGCUGCUCCCUAAUGACCAGUUGCUGAAGGAAAUGCAAUAUAACCCUGGGUUCCGAUUGCGUCAUUUCACCGAACCACCUAUUACUUUUGCGCCGACUUACAAGUACGAUCGUGGAUCUAACGAAUUCGACAGUUCUGAAAAACGCCGCAUUCCAGCUUGGUGCGACCGCAUUCUCUACCGUUCUCGAGGUGACCGUGUGCAAUACGAGCAUUACAAACGAUACGAACCAAACGUCUCUGAUCACCGACCAGUAUCUGGUGGGUUCAGAGUGAAGGUUAAAUCCGUCAAUCGAGACGCAUGGAACGACGUUAAAGCACGAGUGGAGGAAGAAUGGCAAGGGAGGCAAGACCAACUGCUAUGGGCUUCGCAAGAGUUUUACACUGGCAACAUGAGCAAACUUUUGCUCUGA